CAUGUUUCAAGAUGGCGACCGCAGAUUCUAAAAACUCAAAAUCUUCUAAGAAACCAGGUCUUUCUCAGGAACAGAUAGUAUCAGGUUUUAAUGAACUUCGACAACAACAAAGGGCAUAUGCCUCAAAACUAUCGGAGCUUGAAAUGGAGCGCAAAGAACACGACCUAGUGAUAGAGUCCCUAAAAGAGGUUGAUGAAGAUCGUAAAUGUUUCCGUAUGGUUGGAGGUGUCUUAGUGGAAAGGACAGUGAAGGAAGUGUUACCCGCCCUCGUAGCAAACAGUGAACAGAUUGGUAAACUAAUAGAAAGCUUCAAAUCUCAACUGGAAUCGAAAGGAAAAGAAAUCAAUGAAUAUAGAGAGACUCACAACAUUAAAGUACGUGGAGAGGAUGGAAAAACACCGGAAGCAGCCAAAGACACUAAAUCAAGCACACAGGGGGUUCUUGUUGCCCAGAAUGCAUAGCACAAGAGGGAUGCCUGUGGAUUAUGACAUUGUGUAUGAUAAAACAACAUGUGUUUGUUAGGACUGGCUGGGAGGCAUUUAUAAAAAAAAUCAGUUGGUGAUUAGGUUUCACCAAAAGUCAAAAUGCUUUCUUUAGCUAAAAUUAAGAGUGUCCGUCUCUUGUUAACAAGUCAAUACCAUACACAGCUGGUUUAGAUAUUUCCAAAAAUAUUGUCCUUGGAUCUCUUCACUGCUACCAGUUAUUGUAUUGGAGUUUUCUUAAGAAGGCCCAUAGAUCUACAUUUUUCAUGUAUUUCAUAAUUUCAUUGUCACAUGGUGUUCAUCUAAUCAAUUCUGUUCUCUGUAAAUGAAUUUUCCUGAGUGAUAUUUACUUUUGUUUGCCAUGCAUUUUUCAUUUUUAUAUCAAUGGCUGUGUGUAUGUAAAGCUUUUGUACAAAAUAAAUCAAAGAUGUGUCAAACAAUCUUUUUGUAAGUUGUUUCAUCUUUCUCAAA